AGCGCCGGCCGCGCUCCCGGGACUCUCGGAGCGCAGGACGCUGGCCGGCUGCGGUCUCUGCGGCUGCCGCUUCCUCCCGAGCGGGCUCGGCCCGGCGCAGCAGGCGGCCGGGGCGAUGUGAGCCGGGGCCCGCGGGCGCGGUCGGACCGCUGCGAUGUGGCUCAAGCCCGAGGAGGUGCUGCUGAAGAACGCCCUGAAGCUCUGGGUGACUCAGAAGAGCAGCUGCUACUUCAUCCUGCAGCGGCGCCGCGGGCACGGCGAGGGGGGCGGCCGCCUCACGGGUCGCCUGGUAGGCGCUCUGGAUGCAGUGCUGGACUCCAAUGCACGGGUCGCUCCAUUUCGAAUUCUGCUUCAGGUGCCUGGGUCCCAGGUUUAUUCUCCCAUAGCAUGUGGUGAGUUACUGAGUGGAUCAGACGUUUACUGGGCCAUAGCCACUGGUGCGACAUUAGAGGAAAUAAACCAGCAUUGGGACUGGCUGGAGCAGAAUCUCCUGCACACUUUGUCUGUCUUUGAUAAUAAAGAUGACAUUGCCAGCUUUGUCAAGGGGAAGGUAAAGGCUCUGAUUGCGGAGGAGACGAGCAGCAGGCUUGCCGAGCAGGAAGAGGAGCCUGAGAAGUUCCGAGAGGCCUUGGUGAAGUUCGAGGCCAGGUUCAACUUCCCAGAGGCAGAGAAGCUUGUCACCUAUUACUCCUGCUGCUGCUGGAAGGGCAGGGUCCCCCGCCAAGGCUGGCUCUACCUGAGCAUCAACCACCUCUGCUUCUACUCCUUCUUCCUGGGCAAGGAACUUAAACUUGUAGUCCCUUGGGUCGAUAUCCAGAAGUUGGAAAGAACGUCCAACGUCUUUCUGACGGACACCAUCCGAAUCACGACGCAGAAUAAGGAGCGUGACUUCUCCAUGUUCCUGAACCUCGAUGAGGUGUUCAAGAUCAUGGAGCAGCUGGCCGAUGUGACACUCCGGAGGCUGCUGGAUAACGAGGUCUUUGACCUGGACCCAGACCUGCAGGAGCCAAGCCAGAUCACCAAGCGGGACCUGGAAGCCAGAGCACAGAACGAGUUCUUCCGGGCGUUCUUCAGGCUGCCGAGGCAGGAGAGGCUGCACGCUGUUGUGGACUGCUCGCUGUGGACACCGUUCAGCCGCUGUCACACUGUGGGACGUAUGUUCGCCUCCGACCGUUACGUCUGCUUCGCCAGCAAGGAGGACGGCUGCUGCAAUGUCAUCCUCCCACUCAGAGAGGUGGUGAGCAUUGAGAAGAUGGAGGAUACCAGUCUGCUCCCUAAUCCCAUUAUCAUCAGCAUCCGGAGCAAGAUGGCCUUCCAGUUCAUCGAGCUGAAGGACAGAGAGAGCUUGGUGGAGGGCCUGCUGGUGAGGCUGAAGCAGGUGCACGCCAACCGCCCCGUGCAUUACGACACCUCCCAAGAUGAAGACAUGCAGACUUCACCUGUAUUUCAUUCAACAAGCAUGUGCAGUGACCACAAGUUUGGGGAUCUUGAAAUGGUGUCCUCUCAAAAUAGCGAGGAAAGUGACAAAGAGAAGAGCCCACGGCUCCACCCCGAGGCCCUGAUCUCUGUCUUCCAGCAGGCGGGCAGCCAGAGCCCAGACUCGAGAAUGCAUUUCCAUCUCCAGUCCAGGGAGCAGAUAAAAAUAAGCCUGUGGAACGACCACUUCGUGGAAUAUGGUAGAACCGUGUGUAUGUUCCGCACAGAGAAGAUCCGGAAACUUGUAGCCAUGGGGAUCCCUGAAUCGUUACGUGGCAAACUCUGGCUGCUUUUCUCAGAUGCUGUAACCGAUCUCGCCUCGCAUCCGGGUUACUAUGGUAAUCUGGUGGAGGAGUCCAUGGGAAAAUGUUGCCUGGUGACUGAGGAGAUAGAGCGGGACCUGCACCGUUCCUUACCAGAGCAUCCCGCCUUCCAGAAUGAAACAGGAAUUGCUGCUUUAAGGAGAGUCUUGACAGCCUAUGCCCACCGGAACCCCAAAAUUGGGUACUGCCAGUCCAUGAACAUCCUGACCUCCGUUUUGCUGCUCUACGCCAAGGAGGAGGAGGCCUUCUGGUUGCUCGUUGCUGUGUGUGAGCGGAUGCUGCCCGACUACUUCAACCACCGGGUCAUUGGGGCCCAGGUGGACCAGUCGGUCUUUGAGGAGCUCAUCAAGGAGCAUCUCCCCGAGCUGGCGGAGCAUAUGAACGACCUCUCGGCCCUGGCCUCCAUCUCUCUCUCCUGGUUCCUGACUCUCUUCCUCAGCAUUAUGCCUCUGGAGAGCGCGGUGAGCGUUGUGGACUGCUUCUUCUACGACGGGAUCAAAGCCAUUUUCCAGCUGGGGCUGGCGGUGCUGGAAGCCAAUGCCCAGGGCCUGUGCAGCAGCAAGGAUGAUGGCCAGGCCCUCAUGGUCCUCAGCAGGUUUCUAGAUCAUGUUAAGAACGAGGACAGUCCUGGACCCCCCAUCGGCAGCCACCAUGCCUUUUUCGCGGACGACCAGGAGCCCUACCCUGGGACUGACAUUGCUGACUUGAUCCGGGACUCCUACGAGAAAUUCGGAGACCAGUCUGUGGAGCAGAUUGAGCACCUGCGAUGUAAGCACAGGAUCAGGGUUCUCCAGGGCCACGAAGACACCACAAAGCAGAAUGUGCUCCGCGUUGUUAUCCCAGAAGUCUCCAUUCUUCCUGAAGACCUGGAAGAACUCUACGACUUAUUCAAGGGCCAGAGUCUGCAUGUGUCCCAUAGAGAGCACAUGAUGAGCUGUUACUGGGAGCAGCCCAGGCCCAUGGCCCCACGCCACGACCCCAGCAGGCCCUACGCAGAGCAGUACCGCAUAGAUGCCCGGCAGUUCGCACACUUGUUUCAGCUUGUCUCGCCCUGGACCUGUGGGGCCCACACAGAAAUCCUCGCAGAGAGGACUUUCAGGCUCCUGGAUGACAACAUGGACCACCUGAUCGAAUUCAAAGCAUUUGUGAGCUGUCUCGAUGUUAUGUAUAAUGGAGAAAUGAAUGAGAAAAUCAAACUGUUAUAUAGACUUCAUAUCCCUCCAGCACUCACUGAAAAUGAUCGAGACAGCCAGUCACCAUUAAAGAAUCCUCUAUUGUCAACGUCAAGACCCCUAGUUUUUGGAAAGUCAAAUGGUGAUACAACUGAUUACCAGAAACAGUUGAAGCAAAUGAUUAAGGAUUUAGCCAAAGAAAAAGAUAAAACUGAGAAAGAAUUGCCCAAAAUGAGCCAGAGAGAAUUUAUCCAGUUCUGUAAGACUCUGUACAGUAUGUUCCAUGAAGAUCCAGAAGAAAAUGAUUUAUAUCAAGCCAUUGCCACGGUAACCACUCUGCUGCUGCAGAUCGGGGAAGUGGGGCAGCGAAGUAGCAGCUCUGGAAGCUGCUCCCAGGAAUGUGGGGAGGAGCUGCGGGCUUCAGCUCUUUUUCCAGAGCAGGACUCGGUUUUUGCAGAUGCCAGCCCUGGGAGGACUGCCCAGGACUCCCAGACAUUUCCUGAAGAGGCAGAAGGGGACUGGACUGUGUCCCUUGAACAUAUUUUAGCUUCACUUCUGACUGAACAGUCACUAGUCAACUUUUUUGAAAAGCCACUGGAUAUUAAAUCCAAACUUGAAAAUGCCAAGAUCAAUCAGUACAGUCUCAAAACUCUGGAAAUGAGCCGCCAAUCACAGCCUGAACUCAAGCUGGGUAACCUGUAGCAAGAGAGCAGUUUGUGGAGGGGAGUCUGCCAUACCAAAGCACGAACAGUUUUGUGGGUUGUCAGCCCUAAAAUCCAGAUUUUAGUCGAAAUCAUUCUGAGUGUAUUUUACACAAAUUGGGUAUCUGGAUAAGCAACCUGACAGUCACAGCUGUGGCCAGGGGAAUUGAUGCAACCCUCAAGCAUCUCUAUUUAUUCUUUGAGAAUUAUUAGUUGGAUAUUACCAGAGCUAUAGGGUAUCCAUACAUUAAUUCCCUUGAUGCUGUGACUUGCAGAUUUCACUUUUAUCAGAUUUGCUGAGAUUUCAGGGCACUUCUGCUGCGAUGCUAGUAUGAUUUCAUUCUCAGAUGGAAUAGAAGAGUCAGAUGUAUACUAAACCACAGACAAAAGCUCUCAUUUUUCACUUGGAUAAUGGGAGAGGUCACAUAUCAAGUUCACUCUGAAGAUCCAAGAGCCACUCUCCGUGCAAUUGUAUUUGGCUUUUUUGCACUAAUUUUGUUUCAAUGCUGGUAAUUGAAACCGUUUUAAUAUAUUUGGUUGUAUUCACUUUGUCCUUCCAAAAAUAUGUACAAACCAUGCUUUCAAUGUUGGCCUCCAAGUUUUUUAAUAAAGAAAUUUUUAUAUUGA